AUGACGAUAAAACUAUGGGAGAGGCACUCACCCUCCCAUGCGCCCCAUACUACAAUAUCCCCCGAGCGUACUGUGGGGCAGGUCUCCAAUAUUGAGCGAGUCUGUCGUUGGGUCAUUGAAUACCCCCUGACGACCUCUCAACGCAUUCUACAUCUCACUAUGCCACAAACAGACGACUGGAGUUUUUCACCUGAGAAGCAUGCCCGUGAUAUCGACAUGGACAAAGACAUAUUCCGGUACACCACUUUCAGUGCCGCUGCUGCACCUCUGUCUCCCAGAGGGUGCCCAAUACCUUCAGUCACUGUGGUCAUACAGCCACCGUGGAUACUUUCCCCGCAAGAUCUUGUGGCAUUUGUAGGUUGUGGAGCACUUCCUCCUUAUAAUCCGCAUGGCGCAGGCAGGGAUUAUACCUGCAGUCAGAGGCUGUGGAGCAAGAUCUGGGACGUCUGUUUCCUUGAGCGCUCUCACUGGUUUGUGGUGACUACGUAUUUUGGUUGGGUGUUCGGUGCCUUCUCGAAAGGGUGGACACGGGCCUUUGUAUCGCCAAUCUUCAAGUCAGAUGAACAGGAUCCUACCGUGGAAGAAGUUCUAGUCUAUUGGCUCGCCUCAGCAGUAGGUGUCGACGGAGGCUGGACAAUACCUGAGGUACCAGAACCAGUUCACACCAUUGGAUUGGAGGUCGUCAACUCAAUCCCUCCACCUCUUACCCGUAGACCCCCCCUUGUACCCUCUAUAUCGGACUGGAGUGGCGAAGGUGGUGCACACAUGUCGGACACUUCAUCAGCCAUUGAUGCUGAAGAAGUCGACAGUAUGCUCAUGGAUCUCCAGGACGAAGGCGAUUGUGGCAGUUUGUCUGGAGUCCCGAACAACCCCAUCGUGCGGGAGAAAUACAGUCACGACUCCGUCGGCUCUGUUGAGGGUAUCCAACACUGGAUAAACCAUGUAGAUCCGACCGGCGUUCCCGCCGAACGUCCUCCAUCUCCGAGUCCGUCACAGUCGUCUGUGUCAACGGUGCGAGAGUAUACGUGGAACAGUAGUCGAGAGGGUGACUGGUUGUCAGUCGAUGUUCGGGAGCGUCGGUAUGAUUAUGUGUGCUCAGGGUAG